AUGAAUUCUCUCAAGGUUUUGGUCAAUUCAUUGGAUGAACUCUACCCCAGCAAGAAUGAGUACAAACUUGGGGCUGAACUCGAGAACGAAGUGGUGAAUGAUGAAAUAGAGGAAGGCGAUGAAACAGUGGAUGAAGGGGAAAAGAAAGACCAGAAUCUGAAUCCAAAAUCUACAUACUUGGCGUUGAUUAUCCAGGCGAUUUUCUUCUUGCCGAAUUACUUGCUAGUGAAGCCAUUGAUCUUUAUUUGGUUAUUGAUUACUUACCCAUUUACCCAUUUGUUUAGAAAGCAACAGGUCUCGGACGAACUAAUUGGCUCAGAUAGGAAUGAGAAUAAUCAAUCAAUUUCUAAUGAUAUGGUGUCGGAUAUGCCGUCAGUCAUCAACGAAAAGACAGAAUUACUCAAACAGGAAAAUAUAAUGGCUAAUAAUAUCAAAUCACCUACAUCUUCAUCAAAAUACAUUUUACCUCCACCACAAAGAUUAUAUCCGCUUUCACGGAAUCCUGGCAAGAAGCGUAGAAAGACAUUGAUCUUAGAUUUGGAUGAAACAUUAAUCCAUUCAUUAUCUCGUGGCUCUCCUCGUUCAUUCAGAGGUGGAUCGACUCAUACAAUCGAAAUCAAAAUCAACAAUGUUUCCUCUUUAUACUACGUUCACAAAAGACCCUAUUGUGAUUUUUUCUUAAAGGAAGUUGCUAAAUGGUUCGACUUACAAAUAUUCACGGCAAGCGUUAAAGAAUACGCCGACCCGAUAAUAGAUUGGCUAGAAAAUGAUAUUUCGCCAUACUUAACAAGUAAUAAUGAUCGCCAGCAAGGUAUUAGUCGACAAGUUUUCACAAAGCGUUACUAUAGAACCGACUGUUCAUAUAGACCAGGAGUCGGUUACAUUAAGGAUUUGUCUAAAUUUUUUCCUCGUGAUGACGACUUGAAAAAUGUAAUUAUCCUAGACAAUUCCCCAAUUAGUUAUGCCUUGCACGAAGACAAUGCUGUAAUGAUUGAAGGGUGGAUAAAUGACCAAAGUGAUCGUGAUUUACUAAAUUUAUUACCAAUGCUACAUAGUUUAAGCUUAUGCAUUGAUGUACGAUUCAUUUUGGCUUUAAGAAGCGGUGAAAAGGUAUUCGAAAAAUAA